AUGGGCGACGCAGCUGAAUUUGCCUUUUCUCCUCUGUUGCAGGCUCUCCAGCAAACCCGGAAGGUCACUCUUUCCGAUGCAGCUAUACCGGGGGUUCAUUCCCAGGGUAAUGUCCUGACCCAACUGGCAGGGGUGAUUGAAUUGCUCAAAGCACAAAACAUCACCCGGGAAGCCAAUGCUCUGGCCGAUGUGUUGGUCAUUAGCCGUCAGCCCACCGAGCUGGGAGGUCUGGGACUCACCGAAACAGACAGCCUAACCCUCGAGCAAGAGGCCGAAAUCACUUUCCUUGUGAUCGCAUGGCUUGAGUCUCUCAACUCGACCGAUCGCGCUAGGGCCCCGCCCAGCCCCCUCGCGGUUCGGCCCCCGGGGCGUCGUGGCAUGACCCUAAGCGAGAAGAUCUUCGCGCAGCAUGACAUAGACCGACGGGGCUCCGUCGCUCCCGGAGAAUUAAUCCGGGUGGACGUUGAUUGGGUGAUUGCUUCGGAGGCGUCGUGGGCGGGUAUGGAGCGCACGUAUGACAGCCUCGGCAGACCCGGCAUCUAUCGGAACGACCGAUUCUGGCUGGCGGGAGAUCACAUCGUCGACCCUCGGGUAAACCAACACCCGAAAGUUCAAGCAUUGAUUGAUGCCAGCGAGCGCGCCAAGCGGGUGUUCAAGAUGACCGACUACCAGGGAAUGAACUAUACCAUCCUCCACACCGAAUUCUACCGCGAACGAGCACAGCCCGGCAUGGUAGUAGUGGGCUCCGAUUCCCACACCUGCUCCUCAGGAGCACUAGGAUGUCUAGCCAUCGGCCUCGGAGCCGCCGAUGUAACACUCCCACUGGUAACCGGCGAGACGUGGUUCAAGAUCCCCGAGUCCGUAAACAUCCGUCUCGUCGGCGCCCCCAAGCCCGGCAUCGGCGGCAAAGACACCAUCCUAUACAUCCUGCAACAACUGAAACGAAACACCGUCGCGGCCGAGCGAAUCGUCGAAUUCACCGGACCCGGCGUGAAACAUCUUUCCUGUGAUGCCCGAUUCGCUAUCAGCAACAUGACCACCGAGUUCGGCGGCAUCACCGGCGUUUUCGUCGCCGAUCACAUCACCAAAGAAUUCGUCGAGAAACGACGUCUUCCGCGCAACAAAGCCUCUAGUAUCUACUUCAAGCCCGACGACGACGCAGUAUACGCUGAAACGCACGAAAUCGACCUCGGACAAGUCCAGUCCUUUAUGGCCAAAUACCCUAACCCGGACGACGUCGUUCCCGUCACCGAGCAGGAGGGAAUGCAUCUCGAUGGGUGCUUUAUCGGUGCCUGCACCACAGCAGAGGAGGAUUUGAUCCUUGGCGCGCUGGUUCUGGAACAGGGCCUCCAACGCGGCCUGAAGCCGGUUACCAAAGGAAAGAGAAAGGUGGUUCCGGGCUCGGUGCCGAUUCUGCGUCGACUGCGGGAGCUCGGUCUGACGCAGAUUUAUGAAGAUGCUGGGUUUGAGGUGGGGAUUCCGGGAUGUAGUUACUGCGUGGGCAUGUCAGCGGAUAAGGCUGCCCCGGGCGAGGUGUGGAUUUCGUCGCAGAACCGGAAUUUCGAGAAUCGCAUGGGACAGGGAUCCAUCGGAAACCUCGCAUCGGCAGCCACCGUCGCUGCAUCCUCUUUCGAUAUGAAGCUUCGCGAUCCGCACGAGUUCCUCUCCGCCAUCGACCUAGAAAGAUGGCAUAGCCUUCGUGGCAUUUCCGUGUCUGCCACCGAGCCCGCAGAGGACCAGCUCACCUACGUCGAGCCCAACGGCUCUGAUGCCACCACCAACACCAACUCAGACACAGAUAUCCUAACCGGCAAAGUGCAACGACUCGGCGACUUUAUCGACACCGAUGCCUUAGCCCCCGCCGAAUCCCUCAUCAACAUGAAAACGAACGAAAUCGCGGGCCAACACUGUCUCGAACACACUCACCCCGAGUUCCGCCAACGAGUAAAAGACGGUUUCAACAUCGUUGUAGCCGGGAAGGCUUUUGGAUGUGGUUCAUCGCGAGAACAAGCCGUUAUGGCGUUACUUGGGUGUGGCAUCCAAUGCAUAAUCGCCAAAUCCUUUGCCUUUAUCUUCCAACGCAACAUGCCGAGUCUAGGGCUAUUGGGAAUAACCCUCACGGACGAGGAAUUCUAUACCGCGGCGGUGGAAGGAAGUCAGAUUUCGAUUGAUUUCAAGAAUAAGGUGAUUGAUGUUGAUGGACGGAGGUUCGGGUUUGAGUUGAGUCAGAUGGAGAAGGAACUUUUCAGGUAUGGGGGGAUUGCGUCGGCGUUUAGGGUUUUUGGGGAGAGGUUGUUUGAGCAGAUGACUAGACCGAAGAAUUUGGGGGGGAAGAUGGGGAUGGGGAAGGGGGUAGGGGAGGGGGAGGGGGCGAAGAAGGGGUUGGAGUGGUAG